UGUCAAUGUCAAGUCAAUAGUCUUGUUUGUGAUCGGCGCGUUAGUGAGUAACUAUUAAAAUAUUGAUUAUUGUUAAAUAAUAACUUUAAAUUAAAAGUGAAUUACAAGUGUUCAGUGCAGUCCAGUGGUGCAAUUUCUAAAAUGGGCAAUAUUCACACUGUCGGACCUAACGAGGCGCUUAUAGUUUCAGGUGGAUGCUGCGGGUCCACGCAGAAGCGCACGAUCGUGGGGGGCUGGGCUUGGGCCUGGUGGCUCGUCACUGACGUCCAGAGGAUCUCACUUGAGGUUAUGACACUUAACCCCAUGUGUGAGAAUGUGGAAACGGCCCAGGGGGUGCCUCUCACGGUCACGGGGGUAGCCCAGUGCAAGAUCAUGAACGAAGAUGAGUUGCUCACCACCGCCUGCGAGCAGUUCCUGGGGAAGACGGUCAGGGAAGUCAAGAUGACGAUCCUUCAAACUCUUGAGGGCCAUUUGAGAGCUAUACUUGGAACUCUUACAGUCGAAGAGGUGUACAAGGACAGAGACCAAUUCGCGGGCUUGGUCCGCGAGGUGGCAGCACCAGACGUGGGCCGGAUGGGCAUCGAGAUCCUGUCGUUCACGAUCAAGGAUGUAUACGAUGACGUCCAGUACCUGGCCAGCCUGGGCAAGGCGCAGACGGCGGUGGUGAAGCGGGACGCCGAUAUUGGGGUGGCGCAGGCUAACAGAGACGCUGGCAUCAGGGAAGCGGAAUGCGAGAAGAGUGCGAUGGACGUAAAGUAUGCCAUGGACACCAAGAUAGAGGACAACACGAGACUUUACAAACUACAGAAGGCACAGUUUGACCAAGAGAUCAACACUGCUAAAGCCGAAGCUGCCUUAGCAUACGAACUGCAAGCCGCCAAAAUAAAGCAGAAGAUUCGAAACGAAGAAAUCCAGAUCGAAGUGGUGGAGCGCCGCAAGCAAAUCGAGGUGGAGAACCAAGAAAUCCAACGUCGUGAGGAAGAACUGAUAGCCACCGUACGACUACCAGCCGAGGCUGAAGCUUACCGUCUGCAGGCCAUCGCUGAAGGGAAACGCACACAAACCGUGGAGACAGCCAAGGCGGACGCCGAGCGCAUCAAGGUGGUCGGUCUUGCUGAGGCCACGGCCAUCGGGGACGUGGGCAAGGCUGAUGCUGAGCGCAUGCUGGCCAAAGCUAAAGUCUACAAGCAAUAUGGCGAAGCUGCUAUUAUGGCGCUGGUGUUGGAAGCACUGCCGAAGAUCGCCGCAGAAGUGUCUGCGCCGCUGGCGCGCACGGACGAGAUCGUGCUGGUGGGAGACACGGGGGCCACCGGCGAGCUGGCGCGGCUCGCCGGAGGCCUGCCCCCCGCGGUGAAGACCCUCACUGGCCUGGAUCUCAAUGCUGUGCUGAAGAGACUCCACCCGACCAAUGGCGCUGCCGAACCCAAUUUGGCAGCUACGGCGAGCAAAAAAGUGGCAGCUUGUUAACUCAUAGUGACCAGAAGAAGUCACCGAUUUGUUUAUCUAAUUAAAUCGAUAAAAUCGAGUGAUUUUAAUAUAUUUGAAGUUUCUUUUACUUUUAGUUGAAAGUAACAGAAAACACAAAUGCCAUACCUCUUUGAGUACAAAUAGAUUUUACUUUUUGUAUUAAUCUGAUUUGUUCGAUAAGUGUAUAUUUUAAAAAUUUAUUAUUUAAGUUUUUCACAUAAUUCAAUGAUGUUACCAUAAUGGCAAAUUAAAACUGAAUUAUUUAACUGUGACUGUAUGUAAUGCAUUUAUCAAGAAUGUGAGAUUUGAAUCCAUAUGUAUUUUUUUAUGAUUUCUGUAGAUUAUCUUUUAAUUAUCUUGGAAAGGCAAGAAAGUGAUUUAUUAUUGAAAUUGUAUAAUGGUACCAACCUUGUACUGAGAUCAAAACUAAGUAGAUUUCCAACAUUUAAUAGGUACUUUUCUAACUAGUACUAAAAAUCAAUACGUCUUAGACAUAAUUUAAAAACUGAAUGUAAGUUACCUUAAGACAGUUAUCACUCGCUUUUUAGCCAAUCUUACCGUUUAGAAAAAAACCGCGUAAAUACAAGGAGACUAGGGCCAUUCAAGGAUCUUGCAAUUAUUUGUCCAGUAUUAGUUACACGAUCUAUAAAGUAAAUCUGGUAAAUUCCUUAAGUUACAUUAUAUAAAAUGGACCAAGAUAUUGUUUUCUAUUUCACUUUCUUGUUUUACAGACAUUACUCAUAACAAGUUAUUGUACACCAAAUUAGAAGUAGUUAUCGAUGUUUACACCUGUAACUAAAAUAAUAUAUAGAACAAUGUGUAGGUUUUCGUAAGAUAGAUUUUGUACCGUAGUGUCGUCUGUUUAGACAAUGUGUUCUUUAAGGCACUGCCUAUUUACUAGAAUGUUUACAACUUGGAUAGUUUGUGUGAGCAUAGAAGCGUUAUUUUAGAUAAACAUUGGAGUAAAAUAAUCAGAAAUGUAUGUAUUCUUGUGAAUGGAUAUUGUAGCAAAGGGAAUGUUUUGAAGUGUGUAUUUCGCCAAAAAUUAAAUUAAAAUUGUUUUGUAAUUAAAAAAAAUCGGAUGUGAAUUUAUUUGGAUUAUGUUAUGAUUUGUGUGGUAUUAAAAUGAAAAUAAACAUUUAUUCUUCGAA